AUGUCUCUUAACAUCAAGCAGCUAAAGAGCUGGAACGACGAACUAGGCUCAAAUUUGUCGCAUCAACUGGGAUGCACUGCACUCAAGAAUUUUAACGCAGACGAAAUUCUACUUGACAAAAGCAGGCUUCAAAAAAGCUAUCCGCGUGUCUUUAAUGUCACGGUCGACCUCGAUGGCACACCUGUGACCAACCAAAGGUCCUCCGGCAGAUGCUGGCUGUUUGCAGCGACCAACGAGCUUCGUUUGAACGUGGCUCGUAAACUCGACUUGAAGGAGUUUGAACUGUCGCAGGCGUAUCUGUUCUUCUACGACAAACUAGAGAAGGCCAAUUACUUCCUCGACCAGAUCAUUGAUACCUACCAAGAAGACGUGGAUUCGAGACUCGUGCAAUAUCUCUUGUCGGGCCCAAUCGAAGACGGCGGGCAGUACAGUAUGUUCAUGAAUUUGGUAAACAAAUAUGGACUAAUUCCUAAAGAUCUGUACGCAGACCUGCCUUUUUCCACCACUGCUUCAUCUAAAGUGAACGAGCUAUUAACCGGGAAGCUGAGAGAGUUCGCCGAGACUUUGCGCGAGACUCUGCACAAAAAGGGCGAAAUCUAUAAAUUGAGAACCUCGAUGCAGAAAGAGAUAUUUCGCCUGCUAACACUCUUUUUCGACCUCCCCCCAGUUAGUCCUGAUGAGGAGUUUGUGUGGCAGUACGUGGACAAAGAAAAAAAGGUCCAAACUGUUCGCAGCACACCAAAGAGAUUCGCCAAGGAGUUCGCGAACUUUGACUCCCGCAAAGCUGUCUCGCUCAUCAACGACCCCAGACAUCCAUAUGGGGAAUUGAUAAAAAUUGACAGAUUGGGCAAUGUGCUCGACGGCGAUGCGGUCAUCUACCUCAACGUCGACAAUGAGACUUUGACUAGUUUGCUAGUUAAAAGAUUGAAGAACAAUAAAGCCGUGUUCUUUGGCUCCCACACUCCUAAGUUCAUGAACAAGAAGUAUGGUGUCAUGGAUACUGAGCUUUGGAACUACAAAGCCAUUGGCUACAAUGUGGAUUUAUCUAAAGAGUCUCGCAUCAAGUACAACGACAGUCUUAUGACGCACGCGAUGCUGAUAACAGGAUGCAAUAUAGACUCCGAAGACACCUCGCCUUCUCGCUAUCGCGUGGAAAACUCAUGGGGAAAGGACUCAGGGCUAGACGGAUAUUACUUGAUGACUCAAAAAUAUUUUGAGGAAUUCGCUUUCCAAAUUGUUGUCAGCCAGGAUGAACUGCCUGAAGAUCUAGUCAAGAAGUUAACCAGCAACGAGAAGACUCCUAUUGUGCUACCCAUCUGGGAUCCAAUGGGCGCUUUAGCUAACUAA